AUGGCACCAAGGCCCAUGUUUCAAUCAAGCAGCGUUGCAUCGAAAGAACCUGGAGCAUCAACGGAUGUCUUUCCCGGCAAUAUUCCAAAGGAAGCGACGGAUAUCGAUCAUGUCGACUCAAUGAUUGCCCAGCAAAUGUCAAACAUGACAGUUCAAGACAGGGAACAAGCUUUUUUGGACAUCCACGGGAUCUCUCCCAUCAUUGAGGAGACUCCUGAAUUUGUGUCAUCAAAGCUCGUGGAAAUGAACAGUCAUCUUCGGAGUCAGCAUCGACGAGAAGCUUAUGACAUCGCUGAAUCUAUGAAUCCAGACUACGUUCGGGACCCAGACUUCCGCCUGAUGUUUCUUCGUUCAGACCUCUUUAAUGCCUACAAUGCAGCCCUUCGAUGCAUCCAUCAUUUUGAAGCAAAGCGAGACUUAUUUGGAGUUGAGAAACUUACCCAAGAGAUCACGCAAGAUGAUUUGGACAAAGAGGCAAUGGAUUGUCUAUACAUGGGAUAUGCUCAAUAUCUAAGAACGCCUGAUAAGAACAACAGGAUCGUAGCCAUUUGGUUCUCAUCCAAGCAUCAUGAGAGCUAUAGCGUGACAGCAUUACUACGGAGAGAAUUUUACGCAAACAUGCUACUACUACGAACCAAUAAAAGCGUUCAACAUCAAGGUAUAGUCAAUCUCCUCUACCUUUUGAAGAGGGAAGCAGGAACACCAUUUCCAUACGAUCAGGCAUGGGCUGUGCCGAGAUUGGCAGCUGCUCUUCCCAUUCGUGUUGCAGCAUUUCACAUGUGUCACGACAACAAAUGGCUUGCUCCACUACUUGCUUUGAUCAAGUCUUCCUUCAACUUGAUGACCAGGAUCCGGAUUCGAACGCACUUUGGUUCUCACCAAGAAUGCAUGUCAAGUCUUCAAGGGCAUGGCGUACACCCUGACCUAGUGCCACUAUCAGAACAAGGGGCCAUAACAAAUGCAGAUUCAUAUAGAGAAUACCUUCAAGAGAUGCGAAGACAGGAAAGGAUGUUUUACCCUCGUCGGGCACGUAUAUUUGUGCCUUGUAGUCACGAUGUUCUGUUUGGCAAGGGAUCCUCUGUGCAAACCUUUGAGGGUAAUAUGCGAAUGCGUCAGAUUGUGGCAGAUAGGCAACAGUCGUAUGAAACAGCCGAAAAGGGAAAGAAAGUUGUGGUGGCGCAAGAGGUUUUGGAUAUGGUACGGGGUUCAUCAGGGAUGUUUCUAAAACAGGCAGAUGAUGGGGGUGAUUAUUGGUUGGAAGUCGAUAGCGAUUCGGCACGCAUGAAGGUAAGCGCAGCCUUUCGAACGCUUCGGCUUCGAGGCAAGUGA